GUCAUAAGGGUCAAAGCACUUGGAAUUCGUUGUGAAGUCGACGUUCUCAAGAAUGAAUCGUCUUUAGUACCUAUUGCUCUUGUUACUACUGCUCGCUUCGAUGGUUCCCUAACUUCGACCAAGGAAGAGCUCGCCAAAGAGUCUAAUAAAGACUUGGGUUUCAACCUCUUUGACUAA